GUAGCUAGUUCCAGUGGUCCUGGUCUCUGUGGUCCUGGUCCUGCUGGUCCUGGUCUCUGUGGUCCUGGUCCUGGUGGUCCUGGUGUUGGUGCUCAGUGAGGACAUGGAGCGACGUCAGAGUCUGGAGGAUCAGCUCAGGUGUCCCGUCUGUCUGGACGUCUUCACCGAACCACUGAUGUUACAGUGUGGACACUCCUACUGCAGGUGUUGUGUGCGCUCCAUGACGAUGGACCUGCUGGGACAGUUGCAGUGUCCCGUGUGUCGCUGUGCUGUGGACGGAGACAGUCCUCCCCCCAAUGUCAGCCUGGCUCGAAUCAUUGAGGCUCUGCAGGAAGUGAGUGUUUCAGGUGGCGCUCAGCCGGAGUCGUGUCCUCAGCAUCACAACCCGCUGAGCCUUUAUUGCGAGGACGAACGGAUGGUGAUCUGCGGCCUCUGUGGAAGCAUCGGCGCGCACCGUGGACACAAAAUCACACCUGUGAGCUCCGUCUACAGCCGCAUGAAGGAGGACAUUUCCUGUCUCAUCACAGAGUUCCAGCAUCAGAAACGUAAAGUGGAGGAUCAGAUCUGUAAAAUGGCGUACAACAAGUCCAGGAUCACCAACGAGUCCGACGUGUUGAAGUGGGUGGUGAGGAAGGAGUUUGGCGAGCUGCGGCGCUGCCUGGAGGUGGAGGAGGCGGGGUUUAUGCAGCAGGUGGAGACGUCGGCCGCCGUCCUCAUCUCGUCCCUGCAGACCCAGACGGACCAGUUAAACCUGAACCUGAACCGGCUGCAGGAGGCCCAGACCACCCUGCAGGACCUGAGCAACGAGGGACACCUGGACUUCAUCAUGAAGUACGGAUCGAUCGCGCCGAGGUUCAGACAGAUUCAGGAGCUCCAGCAGAAGGAGGAGAGAAUCUUCAGCUCUCUGAACUUUAAAACUGGAUUUAACCACAACGACAUUAAACUCACCGUGUGGAAGAGACUGCAGAGGAAGAUCCUGCCAGCCCUGGAGCCUCUGAAGCUGGACCCUCAGACGGCUCACCCGAUGUUGGAGCUCCAUCACGGGGACACGGUGGCGGGCUGUGGCGCUCUGCUGCGGAGGCUUCCUGAUAAUCCAGAGAGGUUCAGUUACAGUUACUGCGUCCUCGCCAACCGCGGCUUCUCCUCUGGGAAACACUACUGGGAGGUGGAGGUCGGGAACAAACCGAAGUGGCGUCUGGGUUUGAUCAAAGGAACGACGAAUCGUAAGGCCAAGCUGGGGAAGAGUCCAGAGAACGGGGUGUGGCUGAUUGGACUGAAGGAUGGGGUUUAUGAGGCCUUCGCUACGCCCAGGGUGGUGCUGCCGUUGUCGUCUCCGCCCCGCAGGGUGGGCGUGUUCCUGGACUACGAGGGCAGAGUUCUGACCUUCUAUAACAGCGACAGUCUGGACGAGCUGGGCUUCAUCUACAGCUUCAGGCUGGAGGUCCAGGGGAAAGUCUACCCGCUGCUGGACGUCUGUUGGCACGACCGCGGACACAACAAACACCCGCUGGUCCUCCUCCAGCCUCACAGGGAGCUCCUCCUCCCCCUCCCCCCGCCACAGAAACACGACAAGUGUGACGCCUCAGAAACACCACAGGCCUGAACCCAAAAUAAAGACCAGAGACAGAGUCCAGUUUACUGAGGUCAAACUGAAGUCUCAGUCAGAGCCGCAGGUUCAGUGAUCAGGUGUGUUUAAGGAUCAGGCUGAAAACUAAACA